AUGAAAGAUUUUGUUAAUUAUAAAGUCGAACGUUGGGUAUAUAGUGCAUUUCAAGCACGAAUUAUGAGAGAAGAUGACCAUUUUGUUUCAGAUAUAUCUAAAACAGAUGAACAAAAUAAUAAAAAACAAAAAACUAUUAUUGUACUUGAUAAAGAUACAGGAGUUGAACAAUAUUCUACACUGAUUGAAGUAUUGAGUAAAUAA